AAAUCUGAAGUGGCCGGCUACUUCGGCAGCUAGUGUGUGUUUAUGUGUGUGUGGGUGAAGGUGCAGGGUAGUACCUCUCUGUUUUAGCGGACACCACCACGUCUGACAACCAUGGCAGGAGCAGACGAGUUCAUGAAGUACCGUUCCCCGCUGGUGUCGAGAUAUGCCAGCAAGGAAAUGGCCUACAACUUCAGUGACAGGAAGAAAUUCACAACCUGGAGGAAGCUGUGGAUAUACCUGGCUAAGGCUGAGAAGGCUUUAGGUCUGCCCAUCACGGACGCUCAGGUUCUGGAGAUGGAGAGCCACGCAGAGGACAUCGACUUCGCCAUGGCAGCUGAAGAAGAACGUAAGCUCAGGCAUGAUGUCAUGGCUCACGUCCACACCUUCGCACACUGCUGCCCCGCUGCUGCUCCAAUCAUCCACCUCGGAGCCACCUCCUGCUACGUGGGAGACAAUACUGACCUAAUUAUGCUGCGUGAUGGAUUUGACAUUCUGUUGCCUAAGCUGGCGAGAGUCAUUGACAGACUGGCAAACUUUGCAGAGAAAUACGCUGACCUCCCAACGCUUGGCUUCACACACUACCAGCCUGCCCAGUUGACCACUGUAGGAAAGCGAGCAUGUCUGUGGCUGCAGGACUUGUCCAUGGACAUGCGGAACCUUCAGCGAGCCCGCGACGACCUGCGUUUCCGGGGUGUUAAGGGGACCACUGGCACCCAAGCCAGCUUCUUGCAGCUCUUUCAGGGCGACCAUGACAAGGUAGAAGAGCUUGACAGGAUGGUGACUGAUAUGGCUGGCUUCAAAAAAGCCUACCUGGUGACUGGACAGACUUACAGUCGUAAAGUGGACAUAGACAGUCUGUCCAGCUUGGCCAGUUUGGGAGCUACUGUUCACAAGAUCUGUACUGACAUCCGUCUGCUCGCCAACCUGAAGGAGAUCGAGGAGCCUUUUGAGAAAGAACAGAUUGGUUCUAGUGCCAUGCCCUACAAGAGGAACCCCAUGCGUGCGGAGCGUUGCUGUAGCUUGGCCCGACAUCUGGUGGCACUGAUGGCUGACCCGCUGCAGACGGCCUCAGUCCAGUGGCUGGAAAGGACGCUGGAUGACAGCGCCAACAGGAGGAUCUCCCUGCCCGAGUCUUUCCUGACUGCGGACAUCAUCCUCAGCACGCUGCAGAAUGUCACAGAAGGACUGGUGGUGUACCCCAAAGUCAUUGAGAGACACAUCCGUCAUGAGCUGCCCUUCAUGGCGACAGAGAACAUUAUCAUGGCCAUGGUGAAGGCCGGAGGUAACAGACAGGACUGCCAUGAGAAGAUCCGUGUCCUGUCCCAGGAAGCAGCAGCUGUGGUCAAACAGGAGGGUGGUGAUAAUGACCUGCUGGCCAGAGUCCAGGCUGACCCCUACUUCGCCCCCAUCUUGGGGCAGCUGGACGCCCUACUUGACCCCAAGACCUUUAUUGGUCGUGCUCCUCAACAGGUGGCCAGGUUCCUGUCUGAGGAAGUACGCCCCCUGCUGGAGCCCUACAAGGCUAAGAUGGAUAUCAAGAUUGAGCUUGAGCUCUGAAACACAGACACACACACACACACACACACGUACACACAAACCAAGAGAAAGAGACUUCAUCAUGAUGUGUGUCCAUGGUGAAUGCUACGUUGUACCUCAAUAAAGAACAAUGGUUGAAUGAA